AUGGAACUUUCAUCGGAACUGCAAAAUUUAAAUCCAACAAUAUAUGAAUGUACUGAAGAACGAACUCUACAAGAGUCAGAUUUAAAUAAUGAUGUAUCAGAUAAUAUUGAUCGUCGAGAAGUAUUUGAUUUAAUUCGAACAAUUAAUGAUCCUGAACAUCCGCUUACAUUAGAAGAACUACAUGUUGUUGAUUUAGAAGGAGUUACAAUUGAUAAUGAAGCUAAUACAGUACAAGUGCAAUUUCGACCCACCAUUCCACAUUGUUCUAUGGCAACACUAAUCGGUUUGAGUAUUCGAGCAAAGUUAAUCUACACACUACCAACUCGAUAUAAAGUCGGUGUCAAUAUAUACGAAGGUGCUCAUAUUCAAGAAGUUCAAAUCAAUAAACAAUUAAAUGAUAAAGAACGUGUUACAGCUGCACUUGAAAAUAAACAUCUAUGCGCAGUUGUGAACCGUUGUAUUGCAACACCUGAUGAUUAA